GUUUGUGUAUGUAUUUUAUAAGCCUUAUCGCUGAUCUUGUAAUGUUCACAUAGUAACAACUAACAUUCUUAAAGCAUUAUGAUUUAAUUAACAGUCCAGCUUGCCAGUUCUGAGAACUGCAAACAUUUUUCGGUACUGGUGUAAUAUUCAUAAGAUGAGAUUUAUUUAAAAAAACAAACAAACCAUGUGCUUAAAAUGUGAUCUCAAGCUUAUAUUCCCAUCAGUUGUGGGGUGAUUAGCAACAUGUGUGUCCAUAUGGAGGACUAGGAGUGAAACUUAAAAAUAAAACGAAGGGAUACAUUAUUAAUUUAAUAAUUCAAACAUUAAAAUGGAAAUAAAUUACUCUUGUAUUGACAAAUUAAUAGACAUUUUAAUCUUUUAAAAAUGUAUCUUAAAAUGUUAAAAUGUAAGUUUAAAUUGAAAAAGAAAUGGACAUUUAAAACUUUAUUCAAUUCAGUGUUUUAAAAUGUAGACAAAAUUAAAAUUGUAAUUGAAAAAUCUAAUGUUUUCAUUUAAAAGCGAUUUAUUUCCAUUUUUAUGUUUGAAUUAUUAAAUUGAUAACUUGUUCCUUCGUUUCAUUCCAGUCCUCGGUUUAAUCAAUUGUAGUGUUGGUUUUUAAAACUACAAUUCCCACAAUGCACUGCUGUACGUGACGUUGCAUACACGCCUAUGAAAACACGAGAGACGUGUAACUUUGACAGUUCCGGGAAAAGCCAGAGGAAUAAUUCAGAUUGCACUACUGAAAUUGAAAUAUCAUGUAAUGAAAUAAAGCAAAUUACUCUAUUAAAAAAGGUUACAUAUAGAAAUUUUUCUAAGAAACUGUUGACAAAUAAGUGUCAGUAUGUUGAGCCGAUCUAUAGUCGUGCAAAGUCUCAGGAGUAUUAGAGAUAGGUUUUUUGACACAAGACGACAAAGAAAUGAGCAAAAUGAUGUUCAGGAGAGAAGUGAUGACGUCACGGGCCCCUCUCUGGAUAAUCUGUCGGUUGACAUGCAGUUUCUCAUUAUGACCUUCCUGUCACCGCAAGACCUCUGCAGACUGGGAGGCACCAGUACAUACUGGCGGUCAAUGGUUCGAGACCCUGUCCUGUGGAAGUACUUCCUGUUGCGUGAUAUGCCGCUCUGGCAGUCAGUUGACCAUUUAUCAGUGCCUCAUGUCAAGCUCACUGGCUCAGCUGUGCUGGAUGACUCUCAGAUGCAGUUUGAUUAUAUGGCAGAGUAUCUACGCAUCUGCCCGGCCUGUCGAAACCAGUGGCGACACCAACCCAGGGCAACAUUUGAGUCUGUGACUUCCUUCUUCCAGUCCCUUGUACCGGUUGCAGAGCCACAGUUCGCCAUGUUCGGCCCGGGGCUUGAGCAGUUAGAGAUUUCCCUCGUGACUACGAUUAUGAAUUCCCCUCAUAUACUGCCCAUAGCAGGAAUACCUCAACGUCAGAUUGAUGGCAUUGGAUCUGGAAUCAGUUUUAAGUACAAAGAUCAACACCGAUUUAAUAUUGCAACUUUAUAUUCGAAUAACAGGACGGAGCGAGAAAGAGCUCGCCUGGAACACCUCAGUCUGCGCAGUAAACUCUUUCUCUAUCAGGAGGAUAGUGAGUCCAACAUGCCCUUAAGCCUUAACCCAAUGUUUAAUCAAGUUUGCCAAGCCAUGAAUGGAUUCAUCUUUGUGGCAAAUGCUGAGACAGAAAGAGGAGCGGACAGAGGGUGGGAGGAGGAAAGCGCCCAGAUCAGGGUUAUGUUAGACCCUGUGGUGGGUACUGUGUCCCACCCUAUCCUGGUGCUCUCCUGUGUGUCCAGAGAGACAGCAGACAGACACAGGAUACCUUGUGUGACUGUUGCCCAUCAGCUUCAGCUCAGCUCACUGCCCAACCCCUGGAUGGUUCAGGACACGACUGCAGAAACAUUGACAGGACUGCUGGAUGGCAUUGAUUGGCUGCUGAGGCACUCUGGAGUCAAGCUGUAACUACCAAUAUUGACAUGAUGCUGCUGGAUGUACUAUAUUAUAAUAGAGGCCUUUCAAACAUCUUAUUAUCCAAUAGACACACCAUACAAGUCACACCAUUAUAGGUGGUUGUAUGUUUGGUGAUGACCACAGUCAUACCGUGGAAUUUAUCUACAGUAAAUAAUUCAGUAAACUGAUCUGACGUUUUUAUUCAUUGCACGUUAUACAUUGCACUUUUCGACAAUUGACCUUUUGUUGUCCUAAUAUUUGUUUUUUUAUUGACUUGUUAGAUAAAAAAAAAAACUGAAACAACACUAUUCAUAUUUUGGGAAUUAGAUUUAUGUAGCAAUUUUACAUGUUGUACUAACAAUCAGCACGUCUGUGAUUGGACUAUAGGCUGCUAUUAAUCAGAAUCAGAACAACAGGAAGGGUAUAAUUGUGAUAUAGAUUUUAUAAAUCGUGCAGUUCAAUAAAGAAGAAGUUAAUAUUAAGCAGCUUACAUUUUAUACAUAAGUUUGCCUGGUACUUCCUCUAUAUUUGCUUUGCAAGCACAGACAAAGCAGAACCAACCAUGUCCAAGCAACCUUUAAUGAAUCAGUGUUUUUUAAAAGAAUCAGUUAUGUGAAUGAUUCAUUGACUCACUUGUCGCAGUCCCAGUGCUGCUGGACUAAAUAUUCUGAAAUUUGCUCUUGGAAUGCCUCUCAGCUAAUAGAAUUUGAGCACUUGAACUAACUGUUGUAUAAACAUGGUUGUACAACAUAAUAGUUUCUUCUCCUUAUCUUGUAAUUAGUGCAUUAUAAAUAUGUAACACUGAAAUAAUGAUUUACUUCAGUUGUCAUAUAUUGUUUUUAAUUAUUCUGUAUGAAUCAUUCUUCUCAUGAAUGGUGUUUUCCCUCUUUUGUCCACAAAGAGGCAGCAGCCUCAGCUUUAUUAAGAGAUUUGUUGACAACAAUAAGAACAUUAACCUCAUAUAACCUCAUCAUCCUGCUGCCCAGUUUUAUUCAGGGUGGAGGUCAUCCAUUGGCCAGUGUUCCAGAGAUAUUUAGGUAUUGCUUUGUCUCUGUCUUCUCUUUGUCACUGACUCCCUGCAGCCCUGCUCUCUUCCUCUGUUUAAUUAAAGUGAAAGCCAGCCUAUGCUUUCGGCAUUUUGCAGAGGUAAUAUUAUAAACUAAGUAAUUAAGACUAAUCCUAAAGUUCAGCCUUACUAAAGGCCACACUGCCACUGAGCAUGGUUAAACUGUCAAACUGAGUCACUUGAAAUAGUGAAAAAUGGGACUCAAUAGGAGGAUAAAGGUUGCCUUGAAGUGCCUUGAAGAAUUGAGGCAGCAUUUGUUGUCUUUUUUUAUACAGUGGGUACGGAAAGUAUUCAGACCCCCUUAAAUUUUUGACUCUUUGUUAUAUUGCUAUUUGUUAUAUUUUUUUUUCUCAUUAAUGUACACACAGCACCCCAUAUUGACAGAAAAACACAGAAUUGUUGACAUUUUUGCAGAUUUAUUAAAAAAGAAAAACUGAAAUAUCACAUGGUCCUAAGUAUUCAGACCCUUUGCUCAGUAUUUAGUAGAAGCACCCUUUUGAUCUAAUACAGCCAUGAGUCUUUUUGGGAAAGAUGCAACAAGUUUUUCACACCUGGAUUUGGGGAUCCUCUGCCAUUCCUCCUUGCAGAUCCUCUUCAGUUCUGUCAGGUUGGAAGGUAAACGUUGGUGGACAGCCAUUUUUAGGUCUCUCCAGAGAUGCUCAAUUGGGUUUAAGUCAGGGCUCUGGCUGGGCCAUUCAAAAACAGUCACGGAGUUGUUGUGAAGCCACUCCUUCGUUAUUUUAGCAUUGUGCUUAGGGUCAUUGUCUUGUUGGAAGGUAAACCUUCGGCCCAGUCUGAGGUCCUGAGCACUCUGGAGAAGGUUUUCGUCCAGGAUAUCCCUGUAUUUGGCCGCAUUCAUCUUUCCCUCGAUUGCAACCAGUCGUCCUGUCCCUGCAGCUGAAAAACACCCCCACAGCAUGAUGCUGCCACCACCAUGCUUCACUGUUGGGACCGUAUUGGACAGGUGAUGAACAGUGCCUGGUUUUCUCCACACAUACCGCUUAAAAUUAAGGCCAAAAAGUUCUAUCUUGGUCUCAUCAGACCAGAGAAUCUUAUUUCUCACCAUCUUUAGCAAACUCCAUGCGGGCUUUCAUGUGUCUUGCACUGAAGAGAGGCUUCCGUCGGGCCACUCUGCCAUAAAGCCCCGACUGGUGGAGGGCUGCAGUGAUGGUUGACUUUCUACAACUUUCUCCCAUCUCUCAACUGCAUCUCUGGAGCUCAGCCACAGUGAUCUUUGGGUUUUCUUUACCUCUCCCACCAAGGCUCUUCUCCCCCGAUAGCUCAGUUUGGCCGGACGGCCAGCUCUAGGAAGGGUUCUGGUCGUCCCAAAUGUCUUCCAUUUAAGGAUUAUGGAGGCCACUGUGCUCUUAGGAACCUGAAGUGCAGCAGAAAUUUUUUUGUAAUCUUGGCCAGAUCUGUGCCUUGCCACAAUUCUGUCUCUGAGCUCUUCAGGCAGUUCCUUUGACCUCAUGAUUCUCAUUUGCUCUGACAUGCACUGUGAGCUGUAAGGUCUUAUAUAGACAGGUGUGUGGCUUUCCUAAUCAAGUCCAAUCAGUAUAAUCAAACACAGCUGGACUCAAAUGAAGGUGUAGAACCAUCUCAAGGAUGAUCAGAAGAAAUGGACAGCACCUGAGUUAAAUAUAUGAGUGUCACAGCAAAGGGUCUGAAUACUUAGGACCAUGUGAUAUUUGAGUUUUUCUUUUUUAAUAAAUCUGCAAAAAUGUCAACAAUUCUGUGUUUUUCUGUCAAUAUGGGGUGUUGUGUGUACAUUAAUGAGGGAAAAAAAUGUAAAUGAUUUUAGCAAAUGGCUGCAAUAUAACAAAGAGUCAAAAAUUUAAGGGGGUCUGAAUACUUUCCGUAUCCACUGUAUCUCCAACAUAUUUUAAAGGUUGAGUGCUUGAUAGAUUAGACAGGUAAGUUUUAAAUGACAAAGUGACUCAUUUCUAAAAGCAUGUACUGAUUUUUUUUUAGUCUAAAAUCCAUUCUGAAAGGAAGAAGAUUUAUUAAAAUAUAUUUAGUCCUUUUGUAUUUCCCUAGAGGAAGAACAGAAUUGUUUCUCUUGCAAUCUCUUCUCUUACUGAUAAAAUGAUUAUGUGUAGCAAUAACCAUUGUCUUGAAAAAGGCUGUUUUAAAAUGAAAUCGUAAUUGCUGCAAUUUGGAUGCAUUAAGUCUAACAUGAAUGGUAGAGAUUUCUGUCUGCUCUGUAAUGAAAUUUGACAUAACAGAGAAAGUGUUGACCUUUCCGCAUUAAAAUUUUCCCUUUCAAACA